GGACAGUGUAGAAGCUGCCGAAAGAGAGGUUGAGAAAUUAGAGGAUGCGAAGGCAGAGAUCAUUAAAAUGGAAAACGAGAUUAAGAAAAUAGAAGACAGCUGUCCAGAUGGAUGUUCAUCAAAGCGCAAGAAAAGAAGCAUGCGACGUGGUGUACAAUUACUGCAUGGCGAUACGAUUGUUAAAGAUUCACUGCUGGAUAAAAGACUUGAUGCCAAAGAAUCUAAAGGUUUCCUCCAUUCUCACACAAAACGAAUCAUCUCUGCUAUAAUGAAAAAUAGGAUCCAAGAUCGACAAAAACGUUUCAUCGGAGGCUUUAAUCCAUGGGAGAGUUCGAAAGAAGCAUCGGAAAAUGUCGCUGAAGCAUUAAGACUUGAGGAUGCACGGGAGUUUACCGAAGAAACGGGUAGAGAAGCGAGUGAAAGAACUCGGGAGACCGCUGAGAGUGCUAGGGAGAGCACUGUAGAAACAGGAAGAGAGUUCAAUGAGCGAACAAGAGAGACUGUGGCAGAGACGGCGAGAGAAACUGCUGAGAAGUUGAGACUUGAGAGGAUUCGAGAGGUUGCAGAAUGUGCUGCUAAAGAAGCUACUAGAACGGCAUGCUUGUUACCAAUAAAAGUAGGAAUUUCAAUGACGCAAUAAAAGUAUAGAAAGUAAAUAAUAUUAAGCUCAAUGCAAUCAAUCCAAUGAGGUGUAAGAGAUGUAAAUUGUAUAUGUUUUGCAAUUAGUCCAAAGAGUCUUUCCUCUUUUGCAGACACUGAGUCUUACGUUAGUCGGUUUGAAAUCAGGUCUUUUUGCAAUGCAAUCAGCUGCGGAUUUUGCUCUUAAAGUGGCUAAAGAAAACAAUCUUGCAUUUGAAGCAGCGAAGCUUGCGUUGGUUGGUCUCGAAGAGUCUAUGAAAGGCCUCGCUAGUUCGUUGGAAGGACCGAAGGGAUUGAUGGACGCAACUGCUGCAGUACUUGAACAAGCACAGUGAGUAUUCUGUCGUCACUGGUAAGCAUCUACCUGUCUACAUAAACGGAAGUAGAAG